GUCAAAAUGACGGUUUUUAAUCUAUAAUUAAUAAAAAUAAAUCAAAAUUCACGUAAAAAGUCACUAAUACCGUAAGCUCUUAGUAAUUAUUAAUAAGAUAAAUUUGAUGUUUCAGCUCUUCAUUAUACAACCAUAACUACCAUAGAUCCAUCCAACUAGAAAAUGUCUUGCCUUACAACAUCAAGUUUUCCCUCUUCGACAACCUCCAGUCUACCUCUUAACAUUGGUGCUAGCAAUUCUUCGGAAUCCCCAAUAGAUAAUUUUAUAUCGGACAUUAUUUCGGCUGUGACUAUAGAAGAUAGUUCGGUAUGUGGGAAUUGCGAAGAAGGCGCUUCUGCAUUUUCAAAGUGCAUGGAUUGUAGUGAAAUAUUGUGUGACACAUGUGUUCGCGCCCAUCAAAGAGUUCGCCUUACCAAAGACCAUCGAAUAUCAAAAUUUGCACCUUCAGGUGUUUCAGUUUCUCAUUCCGUAGGCGGUGGUUCCUUGGGAUCAUCCUCGCAGAUAAGUACGAGUCCUUGCAAUAAUCUUGCCAACAAUUUGUGUGAUAAUCACAGAGAACCUCAUAGGUUAUUCUGCCAAACAUGUAUCAUUCCUGCUUGCACUGAAUGUCUCUUAGAAGAACAUUGUGGCCAUCAACUCAUUUAUAUUGAAGAUGCAAUAGAAUCGGCAAAGACGACUCAUCAGAAGUUAAAUACAGAGACGCGUCAAGCUAUUAGUGCAAUUAGGGAGGCGAUUGACAAUGUAAAAAGAAUGACUGAGAAUGUGGAGUUAAGAUCUAUUCAGGCUGCUACUGAAGUAAGAAAUGUAAUGCGGCGAUAUAUAGCUGCUUUAGAAGAAAGAGAAAUCGAACUCCUACAACGAAUUGAUCAAACACGUCAAAUAAAAGGUAAAUUACUCAUGUCUCAAGUGGAAAAUCUUCGAAUGGCCUUAUCAAAAUUAUCCUGCAUUUCCGAUAUUUUAAAUGAAUCUGUAGACUCAGCCAAUAGUUUCGACCUAAUAGCUGUAAAUGAAAAAGCUGUGAAUGAACUCAAGCAAAUCCGUGCACUGAGACCAGAGCUUAUACCUUGUGAAGAUGACGGUAUCAUGUUCCUACCGCCAGAUAAUGGCUUUUUGCGUGCAAUAUCCUCAAUAGGCAGUCUAACCGUUAAUUCCUCUUUAAUGUCUUCCAGGGUAGUUAGACCUCCAGUCAUUAAAGAACCGCAGCUAUUCGUAAAACUUCCACGAGAAGUAAAAGAUGAACCGCUUAGAAAUCGUCCUAUAUACGGUGCUAAUCAUGUAGUAGCUAAAGAUACCGGUCCUUUACCAACAUUGUCAUUUGGCACCGAAGGAGAGGCUGAUGGUCAACUUUGUAGACCUUGGGGAGUUUGUUGUAAUCAUUUGGGAAACAUAAUCGUAGCGGAUCGAAGCAAUAAUCGCAUACAAAUAUUUAGUCCUACUGGCAAGUUUUUGUUUAAAUUUGGAAGUCAAGGAACAGCACCUGGACAAUUUGAUAGACCUGCAGGAGUAACAGUUAAUCAUCAUGGCCACAUAAUUGUAGCUGACAAAGAUAAUCACCGGAUACAAGUGUUUAACUCAGAUGGGACGUUUAUUUUAAAAUUUGGAGAAAAAGGAACAAGAAAUGGACAAUUUAACUACCCUUGGGAUGUUGCCUGUAAUUCCUUAGGACAAAUUAUUGUAUCUGAUACCAGAAAUCAUCGUAUACAACUUUUCACCGGUGAGGGAACUUUCUUAAAUAAAUAUGGCUUUGAAGGAUCUUCGACCAUGUGGAAACAUUUCGAUUCGCCAAGAGGUGUUUGUUUUACACCAAAAGGUAACAUAAUUGUGACAGACUUUAACAAUCAUAGAUUGGUUGUGGUGGACCAGCAUUUUCAUCAAGCACAAUUCUUGGGCCAAGAAGGUUCUAGUUUUAAACAGUUUUUACGACCUCAAGGAGUUGUUUGUGAUGAUGAAGGUAAUAUAGUGGUAGCAGAUUCAAGAAAUAAUAGAAUACAAGUAUUCGAAAGCAGUGGAAACUUUCUAUGGAAAGUCGGACGCGUCGGUAGAGGUCCAGGAGAACUGGAUAGACCCAGUGGCAUUUGUUUAAAUCCUGAGGGUCGAAUUGUGGUUGUGGAUUUCGGAAAUAACCGGGUACAUGUGUUUUAGAUUAAUUUUAUUUUUGGCUAGGCCAAAAUUUGUUUUUCUUUUUCUAAGUUUUAGCAAUAAGGUAGAUAAUUGCUGAUGCACUUAUUUCAUGUUUUUAAUAUAUUUACGUAUUUGGUUGGUCCAUAUAUGGACAGUUUUAUGUAUUUAAAAAUAUGAAUACAUAUAUGUAUUUUAUAUUCUACAUUCUCUUUUAUGAUACAUAUAAACCUAAAAUGGGUUACAGCAAACUACCUCAUAUACUUCAUUUUUCAUGCAAAGAAAAUAUAGAUUGUAAUGAUUUUUAUAUAUGCCAUAUUAUGGAAGCUCAAAUAACUGCAUCUAAAUGUAUCUGAUACUAAAGAAAAUAUUA